GCGCCAAUGGCGCGUGCGGGCGGCAGUUUGAAGGCAACGGCCGGUAGCGGCUGUAACGAACGGCGGUCAUGGCUCCCCCCGGCUCCUCUCAGCGGGCGGCGGCCGUGUCCAGGGAGUUCUUCGGCAAGCUGCGCGCCCUGGCCCUCACGCUGGAGAGGGAGGCGAAGCAGCUGGAGCGGGCCCUGCGCCGGGAGGAUGAGGACUAUGAAGAAGAAUCUCCAAUAAGAGUCUUACAGGACCUGCACAGUGAAAUCAGGACUCUGAAGGAAGAUGUUAAUGCCAGUCUUGGUAAGAGUUGUUCUGAAAGGCAAGAAAUUAAUGAUUUUAUAAAGGCAAGUGAAAUAUUGAUGCAAAGAAAUGCAGCGGAUCUGGGAAAAAUAAGAGAGCUGUUCCAGAAAUAUGGCUACAAACCACGUGUCAAAGUUUCUACAGAGGAGCAGGAAGAGGAAGUUAACAGUGAUUCAAAGUUGUCUGCCCAGAAUAAAUCUGAUGAAGAAAAAGCAGAUGAUGUACCUCAUCUUCCUACUUGUACUGAGAACCCACUGGUGCCCAGAGACCCACUGCGUAACCCCCAACUUUCAGAUUUUGGUCUUUCACAAUAUGCUUUCUCUAGGCCUUGGAGUGCAGUAAAUAGACAGCAAGCAGCAAAUUCACAACAAGAAAAUUCAAAAGCCAAGACUCCACUAAAAACACAUACCCCCUGUAUUUUGCCCAAAACACCAAAAUGUAUGCUCAAAAUGGAUGACUAUGAGUGCUUAACACCAAAACUUGAACACUUUGGCAUUAGUGAACAUACCAUGUGUAUGAAUGAAGAUUAUACAAUGGCACUUAUUCGUAAAACUACUGAGACAAGCAAGAACUUACUUAAAAAAGAUGAUCAUGAAGUGAAUGUAGCAAAAACGACAUCCAAGGAAAUCAUGGUUACACCUGGGCCAAAAGCAGAAACAACAGACAAGAAUGCAGCGGACUGUAUGGCUUCUCCUAUGGUACCUGUGUUCUGUACGCCUGGUUUGAAAAUCCCUUCCAGAACAGAUAGUACAGUGUUAUCCAAGUCACAAGAGAUAAACAAACUGCUUCUUCCUAAUCAUACAGGAACACCACCACUUCCAGAUUUUGAAACAAGAUGGCUAAAGGUAAAGCUGGGGGAAAAGAGUGAGUCAGUGACAGAAAAUGAUGCAAAAAUAAAACAAACCAUAGAAGAUAGCGUUCCUCCUACUGUGAGCUCCGAUGAGUAUCUUAAACGUUUGGGAGACCCUUCUCCUCCUAAAAUAAAACAGUACGACCAUUUACUCAGUACUCCUCCACCUCCAGAAAUAACAAGGAUACCAGAUGAUGUUCUACAGAUUCUGUCAAAGUAUAAUCAUAAAGUAGAAGACUCUUCUAAAGCCAAGAAAAUGGAGACUAAGGCAGGAGGCACUACAAGAUUUGAAAGUGAUUUCACUGAUUACUGCAACAAAGAGAACAGAGCCUAUCCUGGUUUUUUCAAGCCAAACGUUUGAAAUCAAGCUGAAGACCAUAUUUCACCUUCAUGGAUCUUACCACUGAAUCACAGAAAGCUCAAAAAGCAAAAAGAAAUACCUGCAGAAAAGAUCAACAAAAGAAAAGUGUUUUGUUUUCCUGGAGAAAACUUGAUAUGGAUUAAUUCGAACUAAUGACUUUAUGCAUAAUGUUUUAUUAUAAUUAGUGACAAAAUAGAUUUUGUUUAUAUUUUUUAAUAUUGCUUCAAAGAGGACUAAGGUCUCACAUCAUGUAAUACCUCAGUUGUUCCAUGUGAUUCUUGUGUUUGCUGUGGAUAUAUGUGUAUAUACAUUUGCAGUAGGCUGUAGAGAAAUGUAAUUAAGUUGCAAUAAAGGGAAAGUCCAGUACGCUGCCCAGAAAGUAGGCAUCUCUCGAUGUUCUAGUGACACUGCAUAUCUCUUUGAGGCUGAGUUUGAAGUGUAGUACUCUGACAGUAUUUGGCAUCUUCAACAGAAUUGCUAUUUAUAUGAAGAGCAACUCCUGCUUUACUGUUUUAAAGCAUUCAGACAGAUAUUCCUUCAUCAGGCUGUCUGAUGGACAGGCGUUUCUAGCGCUUCUCUUUCAAUUAUAGCUUUCUUACAUAGACAUCAUAUUAAGUACUAGGCGUCUGUUUUCCUUUUGGCAGUCUGAUAGUUAUAGCCAUAAAAGGUGACUGUCUUGAAUACGAAUAACUUGAAAAUAUAUUGUGCAAUUGCUACUCGUUAGAGAUCUGCUCUGUCUUUAACUGCUUGAAAGAUUUGUUGGCAGGCAUGUGAAUGAUUGCUUUCCUCUCCCAUGCACCACAGCCAUGUGUGUUCUGUAAGUGGUGCUGUCAUUUCCAAUCGUGCGAACAUAUCCCUGCAUAGCUGACCAAGUUUAACUUCUCAGAGCUGUUUGGUACCUUUUGGGUAUCUGGUAGUCACAGCAGUUGAGAUGCAGUUUUUUUUGGUUUGUUUGUUUUUUCCACCAGAGAUUUUAGUCUUGUCCAGAAGAAAUCCCAACUAUGUAUUCCUGCUUGGAGCCAGUUUGCUGUUACCGGUGUCAGCUAAUCCUCUGAGUGACUUGACUACUGCAUUUACCAGCUUUAUAUAGUCUUCCUCUUGGCAGCUAAAAUACUGUUAUUUUAGUGUGCUUUCCUGAAUUUUCUGAACACAGCUGGACAUUCUUUGAAAUCCUCAGGAUGUGCACAAAUCUGGAGAUGCCUGAAAGUAUUUUCUUGGUUGCUAGAGGGACUUGUCCUGGCUAAAACCUAGUAAAUGUAGGAGAAUUUUUCAUGUUAUCCCAGCCACUUCCUGGGAUGAGCACGCAUCAAAUUAGCCGGAGAAGCUGAUUUUCUACCAAUUCUGGCCUGAGCACAGUUUUUUCUUUCCUAGCUUCUGUUUAAAAGUAUAUAUUUUAUGUCACUCUUUGAAGUUGACCAAUACUUUGAAUUCUGAAUAAAUCUUCUGUCUCAGCUG